CGCCAACGCGUUCGGUAGCAGCUUUCUCUCUCCCACACACACUCUCUCUCUCUGUCCGUCUCGUCACUCUGUCUCUCUCUGUCUCGCUUUCACCAUCUCAGUCGCACCUCCUCGCCACCCACACCACCCACACUUUGAACCGCUCCAAAGGAAAAGUGUGAAAAGUGUUGUCUUAUGUAUACAACUCCCUGCACCCGGUAAAAUGUUUCUGGCUGUUAACCAGAGUUUGCAAAACACCAGCAAGAAGAAGCGCAAGCGGCGGACCGCCGAGAAUGAUCCGCAGGACGAUCCUGCGGCGGAUGGGGCCACCCCAGUUCCGCCCCUGGAGUCCAGUGCGUCCAGUGACCAGCUGUUCGUCAGGGGAACCACCUGCCGGGUGUGCAAGUGCCCCGGCCGUCAGUCCCUGGCCCUGGUCUACAUCUACCUGGGCGCCCUCACUCUCAUUCUGGCCAGCCUGUCGAUCGUCUUCUACACCCACACCCAGGAUGAGGCCACCCCAAGUUCCGUGGACCCUCCUUUCCGGGUGCAAUUCCAGGCGGAGCUGAUGCGAUCGGAGGAUGAGCUGAGGACCUUGGUCAACAGGAUACUCGAAGAGGAGCAGCAACUAGGUGGCAGCACCACAACAAGUAGCACCACCCAAUCCAGGGAUCCUCUCAAGAACGAGCGCAAGUUCACGGACAACCUGAUUAGCCACACACCACGACCCACCGGAAAACGAUUGCGCAGGGACAUCGCCUCCUCCGCUCCCGCCUCCAUGCAUGCUGAUCCACUGAUCGAGUUCUUCAAUCCAAACCACCGCAAGGUGCUCGAGGAGCAGGACACCGAAGUCCGCAAGCGGACGGGUCAAAAGGGCGCCGCUCCCGGCGGAGAUGAGUGGAUCUACCUGAACACCUAUUGUCGUGUUCCGGAGAAGAUAAUCACGGGCUUUUGCAAGGGCACGCAGGACUAUUGUCCGCCGGCGCCACAGGGUCCCACGGGAGAGGUGGGCCCCAAGGGUCCGACUGGCAAUCCUGGACUGCCGGGCAUUCCGGGUCCCAAGGGAAAUCGCGGGGAUGUGGGACUACCAGGUGCCCCCGGUGUCGAUGGUGUGGGUCACUUGGGUCCCGCCGGACCUCGAGGACCCAAGGGAGAUGCCGGGGCCACUGGAAGAGCCGGCCUGGAUGGCCGCGAUGGAGUGCCCGGGGAACCGGGACUCGAUGGAGUACCAGGUCGAGCUGGUGCCGAUGGAAAGAAUGGUCUCCCUGGUCGCGAUGGCAAGGAUGGGCUCCAUGGCAAGGAUGGCAAAGACGGUCUGUCGAUUACAGGGCCCAAAGGAGCCCAGGGACCUCCGGGCGAACGGGGUCUCAAGGGCAUUGCUGGUCCUCGAGGUCGUCCUGGCAAACCGGGCACCAAUGGCACACCCGGAGUGCCCGGCAUCAAUGCCUGGAAACUGCAAUACCCCAAUGGCAGCUCCUCCAACGAUCUGCUUAUACCGCCCUCUAUAACAGAUGUACAACUUCCGGACUUCCAACGUUCGGUGAUUGUUGAGGAGGGAAGAUCCCUGAACUUGAGCUGCUCGGCCACAGGAACUCCCACGCCGCAGGUGGAAUGGCGACGCGAGGAUGGUCGCACCAUCAACGUGAAUGGCGUGGAGAUGGCCUCUAUAAGUGGGCAGUUCCUGAAGUUCACCAAUAUCACACGACACCAGAUGGCCGCCUACACUUGUUAUGCCAACAAUGGCAUCGCUCCAGUGGCCAAUGCCACUUUCCUCGUGGAAGUGCAGUUUGCACCCAUGAUAUCGGUGUACCGGCAAACGAUCUACGCCGAGUACCAGAGCAGUGCCACUCUGGAGUGCCAGGUGGAGGCCUUCCCCGAAGCCAUUAGGUACUGGGAACGGGCCUACGACGGCAAGAUCCUCGAUCCCAGCGAGAAGUACGGCAUUGAAUCUUAUCCCGAUGGCUUCAAGACCUCUAUGCGUUUGACCAUCAGUAAUCUGCGCAAAGAUGACUUUGGCUAUUAUCACUGUGUGGCCAGGAAUGAAUUGAAUGCCACCAUGGUCAACUUUGAAGUAGCACCUCAAGAUCCGAAUAGUGAGACCCCGUAUGUGGGCCAUAACAUCAAGGUUUAUGGCCAAAGACCGCCAGAGAGUGAAUGUCCUGUAUGCGACCAGUGUCCAGAUCCCAGCUUGUACCAGUGCAAGGACUCCAUACUGAAUAACUUUGAAAUCCAACCCACGGGCAAUCUGAGUUAUCCAGGUUUACCCAAGCGACCAAAGACCUGCUAUUUGUAUGCGGUGGGCAAGCCAGUAUUCCACAAGGUGGUCAAUGAAAAGUUCGGCUCCUGGCUGAGAGAUCCAUCUCCAGAUAGCGAUCGUGAGAAGACAUUCGUGACGAAUGAGAACGAUCCCUACAAUCUGUUUGAGUUCACCACUCGCAUCCAGUAUCGAAUGAAUAGCAUCCCAAGAAGGAAGUACGAGAUUCAAGAAGGUUUUCAUGGCAAUGCUCAUGUGGUCUUUAACGGUUCGUUUUACUAUCAACAAAAGAACUCGGAUCUGGUGGUCAAGCUGGACUUGACCAGCCUCAAAAAGAUAACCACACAAUUACCAUAUGCUGGAGUGGCCGCUGCGAAUAGACUUUAUACGACGGACUUCAACUAUAUGGACUUUAAUGUGGAUGAAGUGGGUCUGUGGGUGAUCUACAGCACCUACCACUCAAACAACACGCUGGUGGCCAAGUUGGAUGCGGAGACCUUGAAGAUGCAGUACAACUUCAAUAUCACCUUGGACCACCAUCAAUUCGGUGAGAUGUUCAUCGUGUGUGGCAAUCUGUAUGCCAUCGAUUCGGGCACGGAUAAGAACACCCAGAUACGAUAUGUGGUGGACCUGUACAAGGGCAAGCUGCUCAACACGAAUCUGCCCUUCUCGAAUCCCUUUAGCCACACCACCACCGUGGGCUACAAUCCCCUGACUGUGGAACUCUACUCCUGGGACAAGGGCAACGCACUCACAUAUCCCAUACGCUACAAUGAACAGCGGCUCAUCUCCGACAAUAGUUAGGAGUCUUAGGUUAAGAGGAUCUUAAAGAUCUUAAAGAGUCCCUGCUCAAAAUCUAACUAGUCUAAGGCACAAUAAAUAAAUGCAAACUGUUUUUUUUUCCUAA